AAAGAUCCUCCAAAUCAUCCGGAAGAUCUUUUAAAUCAUCCGGUAGACUCUUCAAAUUAUCCGGAAGACUCUUCAAACUAUCCGGAAGACCAUUCGAAUCAUCCGGAAAAUCCUUCAAAUCAUCCGGAAGAUCUUUCAAAUCAUCCGGAUGAUUGUUCAAAUCAU